CCGUUACUUUUUCGCCGUAGAUUUCAUUUUUUAAGAGCUAAGAAAUGAUGCUGUAGAAUAUUCAAAAUUUUCUAUUUGGUAGUUUACUUAUAGAUCUUUUGAUUAGGUUUUGGUUAGUUGUAGAAAAGCUUUGCUUUAACUUUAGGAGCAGAUUUUUAGGUGCUUGAAAUUAGGGUUUUGGCCAAGAAGUCUUUAAAUUUUAUUUAAUUUUUGUAAUUUGAAAUUAACUUGCGGUUAAAUGUUUAUGUAUAAAAUUAAUCUUGUUUCUAGCACGUGAAUUUGUUCCCUAAAAUGAGGGAAAUAUCCGGGAGCAAUACUUAGUUGAUUGAAGUUAAUGGUUAGAUUUUGGUGGAUUAUUUUGAUACGAUGCUCUGUUUUUUUUACAUGGUGAAAGCAGCUUAGGGAGUAUGGAGUUGGUUACCGAAGAUUCAAAGUGAGAUAUAUAUUUGUCAUGGGAAGUGUCUACAUGAGAGUUGAUAGCGAUAGUGACAGAGGGUUAGAAGAACUAAAUCAUCGGCUAUAUGAUGGUAACAAGAGAAUGACAAAUGGACUUGUGGCUGAGGAACAUGUGAUGCUGGAAGGGGAUGAUCUGAAAGUUAGCAAAGUUAACAAGAUUGCACAAAAUGUAAAAGAUGAUCAUGUUGGGGCUGUUCAGGCCCCUGCUGUGCUGCAAAUCUCACAGCAACAACCUCAAAAUGCAAUGUGUUGUUGGGAGAGGUUUCUACAUGUAAGAACAGUUAAGGUUCUGCUUGUAGAAAAUGAUGAUUCUACUCGUCAUGUUGUCACUGCACUUCUGCGCAAUUGCUGUUAUGAAGUUAUUGAAGCUGCAAAUAAUUUGCAAGCAUGGAAGAUGCUAGAAGAUUUGACCAUUCAUAUUGAUCUUGUAUUGGCUGAGGUGGGUAUGCCAUCCUUAUCUGGCAUGGUUCUUUUGAACAAGAUUAUGAGCCACAAAUCACGUAAAAACAUUCCUGUGAUCAAUCUGCAUGCAGUGAUGUCAUCUCAGGAUUCAAUGGGUCUAGUCUUUAAGUGUUUGUCAAAAGGUGCGGUUGACUUUUUAGUGAAACCUAUUCGAAAGAAUGAGCUUAAAAACCUUUGGCAGCAUGUUUGGAGGAGAUGCCAUAGUUCUAGUGGUAGUGGAAGUGAGAGUGGAACACAAACUCAAAAAUCUGUGAAAUCAAAAAGUGUUGAGAAGUCUGACAACAACACUGGCAGCAAUGAUGAGGACAAUAAUGGGAGCAUCGGUCUAAAUGUUGGGGAUGGUAGUGAUGAUGGGAGUGGCACUCAGAGUUCUUGGACAAAACAAGCAGUUGAAGUUGACAGCCCCUGUCCAGUCUCACCCUGGGAUCAAUUUGUUGAGUGCCCUGAUAGUACGUGUGCCCAAGUUAUUCAUUCAAAUGCAGAAGUAUCUGGGAACAAAUGGGUGCCAGUUACUGCAGCAAGGGGGUGCCAAGAAGGAGAUGAACAGCUUGACAAUGUUGCAAUGGGUAAAGACCUGGAUAUAGGAAUGCCUAGAAAUGUAGAUUUACAACUAGAGCGCUGGGUUGAGGUCCCAAUCAAAACAGUUGGAACGAAACAAACUAACCUGCUUGAGAUGAGCUCCAGUAAAUUAAAUGCACUGAUUGAUAAAACGCAGCUGGACCUCAAUAGUGAAGGCCAAUCCAGCAAACUAAAGUCUGUAGCUGCUAAGCAAAUGGGCAUCACCUUUAAGACUACUGAUCUUAACAAGGAAACUGCAGAGUAUGAGGCUUCAAACAGGCUUUCCAAGAUAUCAGAUAGCAAUAAUGAUAAAACCAUCAACGAUCCUAAAGAACUACCAUCUACUCAACUUGGGUUGAAGAGAUUUCUAGGAGUUAAAGAUGAUGGGACUGUAGUUAGGGAUGAGCGGAAUGUUUUGAGACGUUCAGACUCUUCAGCCUUCUCAAGGUAUAAUACCGCGUCAACUGCAAAUAAGGUUCCCACUGUCAACAUUGGAAGCUCGUCUGCACUUGAUAAUAAUUUAGAACUGACAAGAAAAGGAUCAUUAUGUGAUACUCAAUCUCAUUUGGUUAAUGACCUUCCCAAUCAAUGCUCAAAUGUUGGCAGCAAUAACAUUGAUAUGGGCUCCACAACUAAUAAUGCUUUUGCCAAGGCAUCAGUUUUGAAGAAUAAGUCAGCUGCAUCAUCCACUGUCAGAUCUUCACACCCACCCUCUACUUUCCAGCCUAUGAAAAAUGAUCGUUUAAGUGCUACUCAGAAAGUUGUAUUAGACAAGUCUGAUGAUGUAAUUACUACAGCAGGACUGGCUCAACCUAGAGUUACUCACCAAGAACUCCAAAUGCUACAGCCUCCAAACCGUUAUGAUCAACAUUACCAUCUUGCUAAGGGUAUGCAACAGCAGCAGCAGCAGCAGCCACCUGAACAUGAUGAUUUAUCUUUGAAAAAUAUGGCUGCAGAUGCUCCUCGUUGUGGGUCGUCCAAUGUGUUGGGUGGGCCUCUUGAAGGAAAUGCUGGCAACUACAGUCUCAAUGGAAGUGCCUCAGGUAGUAACCAUGGAAGCAAUGGACCAAAUGGACCAAAUGGAAGUAGCACUGGAGUCAAUACUGUAGGGAAAAACAUAGAGAGUGACAAUGGAAUAGCUGGGAAAAGUGGAAGUGGUGAUGCAAGUGGGAGUGGGAGUGGAAGUGGAAGCAAGGCAGACCAGAGCAAGUUUGCUCAUAGGGAAGCCGCAUUGACCAAAUUUCGUCAGAAGAGGAAGGAAAGAUGCUUCCGGAAAAAGGUUCGGUACCAAAGCAGGAAACAACUAGCAGAGCAACGACCUCGCAUAAGAGGUCAAUUCGUGCGACAAACAGUGAACAACAACGACCCAGCAUCUGAAGGCAAUUCAUGCGACAAAUGAACAAGAACAUAAACAGAAGAAGAGAUAUCAAAUUAAAUCCUCUUGCUGAUACUGCAACAAGAUUUGGUUACACUCAUAAUGAGAAGACCUUCGUGUGGAUUAUUUUAGAAUGUUGACUUGAACAGUAUUUUAUUGCUGUAGACCUUUCUUUUUAAUUUGAAUGUUGUGGAUUUAACUUGUGCAUUAGGGGAACUCGAGAAGAUGGAAGACUUCUAUAAUAAGACCCUUUCGGUAUUUUGUGCUGGAUUCAUGAACUUCAUUGAACAAUAGAGUGUGCUUUGCGAACA